GCAAAAAGUGCUUUUCGGUCGUCCACCAUUUCGGUCCGUUCGUGUAUCUUUGGCCACGUCUGCUCGUUGUCUCAGACUACGGGGUACUUAUUCUUGCACAUAUUGAACUAACCAGCACAAGAUUGUCUGGAAGUUCAACCGGGUGUGUGAAUUUGUCUGCGUGGUGAACUCCGGGUGUGGUAUUUUAACAAAGUUCGGAAAGAAAGGAGGUGCGUAGCAAUGUUCUCCCUGAAAGUGGUCACCUUUGUUGCCGUUUUGGGGCUGCAAACGGCAUUUGCGAGCGAGGCCGAUGUCCUGGAUCUGACCGAUAGUGAUUUCGCGACUCGUGUUGCCGAAACGGAUACUACACUGGUCAUGUUCUAUGCACCCUGGUGUGGUCAUUGCAAGAAGCUAAAACCCGAAUAUGCCAAGGCUGCUGAAUUGUUGCGCGGAGAAGACCCACCAAUUGCACUGGCGAAGGUCGACUGUACUGAGGGAGGCAAGGAUACUUGUGGUAAAUUCUCCGUGUCCGGCUAUCCUACGCUGAAGAUCUUCAAGAACGGAGAAGUUUCCCAGGAGUACAAUGGUCCACGUGAGGCCAGCGGCAUUGCCAAGUACAUGAAAUCUGUCGUCGGACCCGCUUCCAAGGAUUUGCUAACGGUGGAGGCUUUCGAAGCUUUCUUGAAGGUACAGGAAACCAGCGUGGUCGGUUUCUUCAAGAAGGAAUCGGACCUGAAAGGUGUCUUCCUGAAGUAUGCCGACGGUCAGCGUGAGCGUCUGCGUUUCGGCCACAGUACCUCCCAGAGUGUUCUGGACAAGCAGGGUGAAACCGAUGCCAUUUAUCUUUUCCGCGCCAAGCAGCUUUCGAAUAAAUUCGAACCGGACUUUGUCAAGUUCGAAGGCAAGACUAAGGACGAUCUGAGCACCUUCGUCAAGGAAAACUUCCAUGGAUUGACCGGUGUGCGAACUCGUGAUACUCUGAAUGAUUUCAAAAACCCGCUGGUGGUGGUUUACUAUGUUGUGGAUUACGCUAAAAACCCUAAGGGAACCAACUAUUGGCGCAAUCGUGUCCUUAAGGUCGCCAAAGAAUUCGUCGGCCGUGUUAACUUUGCCGUCAGUGCUAAGGAUGAUUUCCAGCACGAAUUAAACGAGUAUGGCUAUGAUUACGUCGGUGAUAAACCUUUGGUGUUGGCUCGCGAUGCUAAGAACCAAAAGUUUAUUAUGAAAAACGAAUUCUCCGUUGAAAACUUGCAGGCUUUUGUUACCGAACUGGAAGAAGGUUCACUGGAACCAUAUGUCAAGUCAGAACCCGUCCCAGAGAACAACGAUGCUCCGGUGAAGGUUGCCGUCGGCAAGAAUUUCGAAGACGUCGUUCUUAAUAAUGGCGUCGAUACGUUGAUCGAGUUCUAUGCACCUUGGUGCGGCCACUGCAAGAAACUGGCUCCGGCCUACGAUGAAUUGGCCGCCAAAUUGAAGGAUGAAGAGGUUGCCAUCGUGAAGAUGGAUGCCACCGCAAACGACGUUCCACCGACGUUCGAUGUCCGCGGCUUCCCAACGCUGUUCUGGUUGCCCAAGAACGAAAAGACUAGUCCGCAGCGGUACGAGGGCGGUCGUGAGGCCGAUGAUUUCCUGAAGUACAUCGCCAAACACGCUACCAACGAACUGAAGGGCUGGGACCGCAAGGGUAAUGUCAAGAAAACCGAACUGUAAUCUCACUGCAGAGAGGGGCUUAGCAGCGAGGAGGCAAAUCUCCGGCAAAAGUAUACAUUUCCAUUCCGGUUGUGUCAGCCCUUUGAUCUAUUGUUUGCUCUGUUAUUUUGCGAAUGUUGUAUACUGUACCGCCCUAAAUUUGGUUAUCUACCCUUCCACAACUUCCAUUUUUAGAUCCGUUAGGUGUAUGAAGGCAUUUUUUUAAUUACGGUCUAUGUUUUGGCAACAACUAGUUAUAACAUGACUGAAGGAAAACGAAUGAUGACUAAACAUAAAAUUUGCCGUUAAAGUAAACAAACAUUGUGCAUUUAAGUUCAUAGAGUCGGAUAUUUGGAAAAGACGCUUUGCACGUUGAUCAUCAAACCUAAAUUAAAAGUUGGAUUGCUAUUCGGAUCAACUACAAAGUUUCCUUGUGAGCGUUUAGGUUUAGUAGAAAAGUGGUAAUUAAUUCUUUAUGUGGAUUAACUUUUGAUCGUGUAAGAGAAGAAUACAGAUUGUAAUCUUUUUUAGAUUUAUUGGAACAAGA